GCUUCCUCCACUCUUGCCCGCGCCCAGUCUGUCUCAUCGGUGUAACCGGAGUUCCUCUUCCGCUGACAGGCUGCUGUCACACAGCUACCAUGUUAUCCCAUUCCCGGUGUCUCACCAGGAAUUUCGGCCGCUCCCUCUCUGCCAUCCGUCAGGGAAACAAUGUGUUAGCUCGUCGGGCCACUGCAGUUCUAUCAGCUUGCCAUCCUAUAACUCUAAACAACAAUGUACCAUAUAAUCCCCGUUCCAGUGUCUUCCAAGUCCAGUACUUCAGGACAUCUGUAGCUUACAGAGAUGAAGUUAUCACAGUCAAUACUCCUGCGUUUGCAGAGUCUGUCACAGAGGGGGAUGUAAGGUGGGAGAAAGCGGUUGGAGACUCUGUCUCUGAGGAUGAGGUGGUGUGCGAAAUCGAAACAGAUAAGACAUCAGUGCAGGUCCCCUCUCCUUCUGCUGGAGUGAUACAAGAGCUUUUGGUCCCAGAUGGGGGGAAGGUCGAAGGAGGAACACCACUUUUCAAGCUUAAAAAAGGAGCUGGGGCUGCUAAGGCUCCAGAAUCUCCCAAAGCUGCUGCGGCCCCUCCACCGCCUUCUGCUGCUCCAACUCCCCCACCUCCUCCCUCCGCCGUGGGGCCCAUUCCCACCACCAUGCCCCCCGUGCCACCUGUGCCAGCACAUGCUAUGGACAGCAAACCAGUUUCAGCCAUCAAACCAACUGCUGCUCCAGCUGCGCCAGCAGCCCACACCGAGGGAGGAGCUAAAGCAGCAAGGACAGAGAGCAGAGUUAAGAUGAACCGCAUGAGAUUAAGAAUUGCCCAGAGGCUGAAGGAAGCUCAAAACACCUGUGCUAUGUUGACUACGUUUAAUGAGGUCGAUAUGAGUAACAUCAGCGAGAUGAGGAAGGCUUACAAAGAUGCUUUUCUGAAAAAACACAACAUCAAGCUGGGCUUCAUGUCUGCGUUUGUGAAGGCUGCCGCCUAUGCUCUAGUUGAUCAACCGGCUGUCAAUGCGGUGAUUGAUGACACAACCAAAGAGAUCGUGUACAGGGACUAUGUUGACAUCAGUGUUGCAGUAGCAACACCAAAGGGAUUGGUGGUUCCUGUAAUACGAAAUGUGGAGGAAAUGAACUUUGCUGAUAUUGAGAAAGCAAUCAAUUUGUUGGGAGAAAAGGCACGUAAAAACGAACUAGCUGUUGAAGACAUGGAUGGAGGCACCUUCACAAUCAGCAACGGUGGCGUGUUUGGGUCCUUGUUUGGCACACCUAUAAUCAACCCACCUCAGUCUGCUAUUCUGGGCAUGCAUGGCAUCUUUGACAGGCCUGUUGCAGUGGGUGGCAAGGUGGAGAUCCGUCCCAUGAUGUAUGUCGCUUUGACGUACGAUCAUCGUCUCAUUGAUGGAAGAGAGGCCGUCACUUUCCUGCGUAAGAUCAAGUCCGUGGUGGAGGACCCCAGGGUGCUCCUCCUCGAUAUGUGAGCCUCUGUCAACUCUGGGCCCAUUAAACCAACCCCACACAAACAGCGACUGUACACACCUAAAAAAAUGAAACUUUACCAUUACUGCAGUUAAUGUAUUGUCUUGGUUAACUAGGGGAAAAAAAGGUUUGUUUUGAAAAGUUCAAUUGUGAAUGGACAUUUGUAAGACCAGCUGGGCUGCAAGGGUUGGCACUGGGCUCUGUGGUCUCAGGUGCUGGUCUCUUGAUCAAAGAAGCAAAAAGAAAUAUUCUAUAACUUGUUCACCAAAUGUCAUUUUCUACACAGAAUUUAAUAAAAAUCCAGUUGUUGUGAGAUGACCGGCAAGUAACGAUACAACUGCAUAGAAUUUUAUUAUUGUGGUUGAGACAUGAACAAUGAGCACAUAUUGGGCUAGAAAACAAGGAACACUAUGUUUUAAAAAUCUCCAAAGUGAAGGAAUCCUCAGAGGUUUUAUGCCAUCUAGUUCAUGAAAUUCUCUUUUUGCUGUGUGACAUAGACUAUUUAAGAGAAAAGGAAAGUUUUAAACAAUAAAAACUUCAUUACCCCACUGCUGGUUUUCUGUUAGAAGAUUUUUGUGGAUAGUUGUUAAAUGUUUAAUCUGUGGACAUGAACUACAAAUAACAAAAGAGAAAAAAAAAAAAAGAAAAGUUAGGUAUCAUGCUUUAGAAUGGUGUCAGUUCCUCCAAUAUUGCUCAGACUUUAACUCAUUUGAGAAGCUCUGACAGUUCGUAGGUUUUUGCAAGUGUUUCCAGAUAGGUCCCCCUUUGCUGAUUAUAGUUAUUUUCGAAAAGAAAAUGUGCAGCUCAAAACAUGAAUAUUACCAUUUGAUGUGCCAUGAUUGUAGCUUUAAGCAAAAUCAAAUCUGUAAUCGCUAAGUUUAACAAAUCACUUCCUAAAAGAAACAUUAUUACUUAAGCUGGUUAUAGGUUGGAAAAUAGUGAUUGACAAAUAUUUGGAAAAGAAAAACUGAACAAAUUGAUAAGUUUGUAAAACUGGAAUCAAUGUUUUGGCUGCUUUCCUCCUCAGCUCUUAAUGUGGAUAUUAGCAUUUCAAUUUCAGUUAUUUUUUUGUUAUUUCUUUUGAAGCAAGUAUAUAUAUAUAGAUUGCUUUAUCUUGGGAUAAAGCAAUCUAUCCCAAGAUAAAGGGAUAGAUUGCUUCCCUUUAUCUUGGGAAGCAAGAUAAAGGGAAGCAAUCUUCCCUUGCACAAAAAUUUUCCUGCUAUUUUCAAAAAAAUAGAAAAAUUUUCCUGCUAUUUUCAAUUAAAAUCCAUACACAAUUUUGA